AUGCCCACAUCCAAUAAGCACGUGGUGUUCGACAUUGUUGGCACCUGCGUCUCCUAUGAUGCAAUCUUCGAUGCUCUUGACCACCGCUUGGGCGACAAGAUGCGUGCCGAAAGCAUUAAACCACGACUCUUCGGCUACCUGUGGAUCGAAGUCACCGAAAGAGAGUACACUUACCUCAGUAUGAAUGGCCGUUAUAUUGGGUUCCGUGACAUCUUUAGCAGCCUGUUCUAUCGUAUGCUAUACAUGUCCGGUAUCGAAGAACCUCAGGUGUUCGCUAGCGACGAAGAUCUGAAGUACAUUCUGGAGCAGUACAAGAAGCUCGAGGCGCGACCUGGUGUAGCAGAAUGCUUUCAAAUGUUGAGGGAUGCUGGGUUCACGGUCUGGGCAUUAACAGCAGGAGAUGUGGAGCGCGUCGGAGGCUACUUCACGCACAAUGGUAUACCCAUGCCUAAGGAGAACUUCAUCUCGUGCGACACGGCCAAGAUCGGUAAACCGGAUCCGAAGGUAUAUCAGAUGAUGAUGGAAAAGCUGGGCAGCGAUGAGAAAUGGUUUGCCGCUGCGCAUAAUUGGGAUGUAGCGGCUGCCAAAAUCCAUGGAUUCAAGGCUGCAUACUGCACUAUCUGGGAGAAGAUUCGCUGCGACAAUCUGUUUGGUGAAAUGGACGUCACGGCAGAUUCUUUCACUGAGAUGGCACGCGGGAUUAUAUCUGCGUCCGAUGCCAACUCAAGAUAA